AUGGCGACUCAUCUCCCCGAACACUUCAAAUGUCCGAUUUCCCUCGAAAUAAUGUCUGACCCAGUCAUCUUAUCUUCCGGCCACACAUUCGAUCGUCCUUCAAUCCAACGAUGGCUAGACGAUGGUCACAGAACUUGUCCAAUUACGAAACUACCCCUCCCUGAUAAUCCUUCCCUUAUUCCCAAUCACGCUCUUCGAAGCUUAAUCUCUACCUACACACUCUUACCACCGCUGCACCAGAUCAUGUCCCAGCCGGAAACCCUAAUUUCGUCUUUAACCGCUUCUUCGUCUUCCUCCGAUUUCAAAAUCGACUCGCUCCGGCAACUCGGUCGACUCUCCAAGCGUGACGCUAACUUCCGCCGCCGUCUUGUUGAUUCCGGUGCUGUCUUCGCCGUCCUUUUCUGCAUCGACUCCUCCUCCGGUGACUCUAAGCUUCAGGAGAAGGCUCUAUCUCUUCUUCUCAACCUUAGCCUCGACGACGACACUAAGAUUGGACUUGUCGCCGAGGGAGCAAUCUCCCGCGUCGUCGCUUUUCUCCUCCGUGCAGCCUCGUCUGACUGCCGUGCUUUGGCUGCAACUAUAAUCACGAGCCUUGCUGUCGUGGAGGUUAAUAAAGCGACUAUCGGGGCUUUCCCGGGAGCAAUCGGAGCUUUGGUGGCGAUUCUUCGGGAUGGGAAGGGGAGAGAGAGGAAAGAAGCGGCUACUGCACUUUACGCGCUUUGCUGUUUUCGGGAUAAUCGGAAAAGGGCGGUGGAUUGUGGCGCGGUGCCGAUUUUAAUGAGAUGUGUUGAAUGUGGACUUGAAAGAGGUGUUGAGGUUAUUGGUGUUUUGGCUAAGUGUAAGGAAGGGAGGGAACAAUUGGAGAGUUACAGUGGUUGUGUGCAGAUUCUGGUUCGUGUGUUGAGGAUUGGAAGCUCAAGAGGGAUUCAGUAUGCAGUGUUGGCACUUACUUUACUGUGUUUUCAUAGCAAGGAAAUGCUUUUGGUGACCCUGCAAGAAGGAGUUUUGGAAAUCUGUCAUGGGUUGUUAGAGGAUGAUAAUGAGAAAGUUAGGAGAAAUUCCUCCAAUUUGAUUCGGGUUCUUCGCUGA